UUUUUAUUUUUCUUGUAAUUUGAGCCUAUCAAUAUAAAGUUGGUUCAGUCUGUGAAGCUCUCUCUCUCUUGCGUGUUUUGGUCUCAACCCUGUAAAAUAUCUGCUCAAACCUCUACCGACACCACUUAUCUUCACUACCCAUUUUCUCUCUCUUUCUCAAUAACUCACUCAGAACCAGAACAAGAGAAAAAACUCACUAAGAAGAAUUGAAUGAAGGAAGAUAUGAGGGAAGGAGGAGGAGUUGUUACCAUUUUUAGUCAGCUUCGUCUAAUUGCUGGGCCUUGUUUGUCAUUGCUCUAUCCCUUGUAUGCAUCUAUUGUAGCCAUGGAGAGCAUAACUAAACACGAUGAUGAACAGUGGCUUGCUUAUUGGAUUAUAUACUCUUUCCUUGCUCUUAUUGAAAUAAUCAUCCAACCAGCUCUGGAGACGGUGUCUAUUUGGUAUGAUGCGAAGCUGAUAUUUGUGGCUUGGUUGGUUCUUCCCCAAUUUAAAGGGGCAUCUGUGUUGUACAAGAGAUUUGUGAGAGAGCAAAUCAGGAAAUAUAACAGCCAUGGUGGUCAUCACUUAUUUCAGGGAAGGAACAAGUUUCUAGAUUUCUUGCGCUACAAAAGUGAUGAGCAUCAUCAUGACCACCAUUACAACUAAAAAGAAGACAAAAAUGCAAGGCUUGGCUUUCUUAAUUGAGAUCUUGCUUUUCUAAGCUAUACAUAUCAUUCCACUGCUCUUGUAUUACUUUUCGUUUUUAGGUUUGUGUUGUUACUCUUGUAUCUCUUUAACCUUGUACAACUUUACUCCUUGCAAGGCUUUUGUGACACCCUUAAGUUAAUCUCAUCUGGCUUCUUUUGAAUCCACACCAUGUAAAACCAUCCACAUGCAAAUAUUAGCUCUCUGGGAUAUUUGUGAUGCUUUCUUAUGCUAUAGGAACUCAAGUUCUAAUAGGAAAAAAAAGGGUGUAUAUUUUUGUUUCAAUGUCCUCAUCCAUAUAUACAACUUCUACAAUUGUUAAGAAAAUAAA